GAACUAUUUUUUAAGAUUUUCGUAUACCGGUACGCUAUACAUACGGUAAUGGUAUUCACGUCUUUGUGAUCCAGUGCGGUAUUAAAUUGGCAAUAAACGUGUGUGGAAAAGGACUGGCGUGCCGUGAGAAAUAAACUGGACAUGGAGCCUUGACACUCUUUCCAUAGACGUUGCAGCAAGACUUACACACCCGGAUGGAUUUCCCUAGGAAAUCCAUAGACAGAGGGUGAAAUCGGUUUGUAGGGUGAUCAUCAAGAUGACUGAAGGAGAGACCACUACAGAGACCCCAACCUCGGGAGCAGAGCCAGUUGAUGAGGAGGUUCUGACAAGAUUUGAGGAGAUGUUUGCCUCUAGAUUCACAGAUGCAGAUGAAAUGUUCCAAGAAUACAUGACUACAAACAAAGAAGAACGAGUUCCACCUAUCUUAAACCAUUACCAAGUCAUGAAGCCCAGAAAUCAAAGAGGAUUCGGUCGUGGCGGCUACAACAACAGGCGAGGAAUGAAACGUCCAUAUGAUAGUCGCGAUGAAUGGUACGGUAACGAAGGCAGAGGGAGAUGGCAUCAAGAGAACUACAACAGACAAGGUGGUGGAUGGGGCACUGGUUACAACAGAGGAGGCUACGGUGGAGGAGGGUACGGUAACCAAGGAGGUUACGGAUAUAACCAAGGGUACGGAAACCAGAGGUUUGGUAGGGGAGGGUAUGGUGGUGGUGGAGGAGGAGGUGGAUAUGGGGGAAGGGGAGGAUAUGGAGGAGGCUACGGCGGCGGCAGGGGUGGAUACCAAGGUGGUUAUCAGCAACAGGACAGAUCAUGGGGUGGUAAUCGUGGUGGGAGGUUCCAAAGAGGAGGUGGACAACAGAGGAAGUGGGAAGAUUAUUGAUUUUUAAUGUUGGAAUCCUUCGUGAGUUUUUUUUUUCUUCUUUUUUUUUGGGGGGGGGGGGGGGUCUGAGGAAUAGAUGGCUUGUGAUUGUACAUGUAUGAUAAAACAGGAAAUAGAGCUGUAAUCGUGGUCAUAUAAUGGCCUAACACUGAGCAUGUCACAAAGAAUGUAUCACUUCUGAUGUGACAGUGACAACUAGUUUUGAAAAAGUUUAAGAUCCAGAUGUUAAGGAGAGGGGGAAAAAUGCCCUGGUUUUACUUUUGACUUAGCACUUUAAUGCUUUCUUUUAUGGAGAUAUUUCACAUGUAGAUGUGGUCUGGGUACCAAGUGAAAAUUUUCCGGCCAUGAAACUUCUCUGCAAAGUUUAUACAAGAUCUUGUCACUCCAGUGGUUAAAUAUUGGACUAGGAAGGUUGUCAUCUGUAUUAGGUUUGAGACAAGGACUCUGAUAGUUAUACUUACAAUGUGGUUGUGCUUGAUCUGUCAUUACAUGUAACCUGCAGUUGGUGGGUCCCUGUGAGUCUGAGAUGAUAUUACAUAUUUUCAAUGGAAACUGUCCAGUUGUGAAAUUUAAAAAUGCAUGCAUUUGUUCAUCAUCAAAAAGUGUAAAGAAGGUGUUAGGAAACAGUGUCCAUUAAUUUUAGCAUGAUUUAUACAAUCCCAUAUCCCAUAUUUGCCAUAUUUUACUGUACUGUUUAUUGCUUGAUGUUUAAAUGUUGGUUGGUAUGUUACACAGAAAAAAACAAGAAGCCCAUUGGAAUGAAAUUGAAAUAGCUACAACAUUUGAACCUUAGUCAACAUUUUAUAGCAUACUCAUUACUGUGAGAAAAGCUCUCAAUAUAAAAUACCAUGAUGUCCACACUAUACAUGCUCAUCCUGAGGCUUAGAAAAGAACCAAAUCUUGUAUUUGUAUGUUAAACAGAUUUUUUAAAAUCCAACCCUAUUUAUUCUACUUCAUUUAAUGUACAUGUAUUAUGAUAAAAAAAAUGUAUGUAUUUUAAACAUGUAUUCUGAUUGUGUAAGAAACUUAAUUUAGUGUUGUGUACAUUGAGGAAAAUGUCUGUGGUUGUCUACUUUUUAAAUGCAAAACUUUUUACAAUAAUCAGCAAGAUAGGACCUGCAUUUUAUUUCUGGGUAAAAUAAUCAUAAUGCAGUUGAUAUGUAUAGUAUCUACUGUAUGCAUACUUUAAUAUUUUCCCCAGAAUGCCAUUAUAAGAUGAGCCAAUUCAAAACAUGUAUUUUUCUUGGAUAAUUCUUAAUUUCAUCCUACAUGUAUGUUAGUAACAUAGGACAAAAUUAAGAAUUUUCCAAGAAAUAUUUAUUAGUAUAAUGUAGCAGGCCUCUUCAUAGACAUUGAGCAUUUUCUCCAGUUUUGAGAAAUGCAUGUCAUACAAAUUCCUUUACUAUUUUCAGUAUCACGUUAGAGGUGUAUCAAGAAAUUCAGUCCCAAUAAUCUGCUGACUUGGGAAGUAAUUUGCACUCUUUUCCAUAUUCCACAUAAUUUUUGUUUACAUAUUUUUUUAUUUUGAACAUAUGAACCUGUAUGCAAAUGUACACCAUCUUAAUUACAUAACACAAUAUAUUAUUACUGAAUGAGAAAUAAUGUGCUAUAGCUUAAUUUCAUAUUCUAAACGUUUGCUUGUUGUCCAGCCAGUUUAAUGAAGUUGAUUUUAAUUGUUUCUGUGUACGUGUUUAAAUAUCACAAUACGUUAUGUAAACUUUCUAUUAUCUUAAUCAUCAUGACAUGUGAAAUCAAACAUAUCACCAAUGCUAACACAAGCCUUUGAUCAUGUUUGUCACUUUUUAAUGUACAUCUUACGAUGCAUUUUGUAAUUUACAUGUUUAUUUUUUAUUAAAAGGGUCAAUCUACAUUGUAAUCAAUCACAAGUGGUUGCAAGAGAGGUCACAGAAUCAAUCGUAAAUCUUUCACAAGAUGGAUCAGUAGUAAGGUAUCUUUAAGAAAGACAAUUUUUUUUUGUGAAACGUAGUUGCAAAUACCCAAUUAUGUACUUUUCCAUUGCAACUUGAAUAUAGCAAAGAGUACAUGUACUUUUCAGCCACAUUCCUGGUUAUUUCGAAUUGUUAGAAAUUGAUGAAUAAAAGAAGUUUUUGAUUAAUGAAAAA